UUCUUCCAAAUUUCCCACACCACACUCGAGACUACACUACCCCUCCCUUUAUAUAUUCCAAUUUCAACACAAUCAAACACGAUUACAUUCUAGAGAGAGAAACAUGGGCAUAUGCAGCUCCUGUGAAUCGACAUCCGUGGCCACGGCCAAGCUGAUCCUCGGCGACGGGAGAUUACAGGAAUACCCCUAUCCGGUUAAGGUCUCCUACGUAUUGCAGAAGAAUCCCGCCUUUUUCAUCUGCAAUUCCGACGAGAUGGACUUCGACAACGUCGUUUCGGCUGUCAGCGACGACGACGAGCUGCAGCCCGGCCAGAUCUACUUCGCGCUGCCUCUCAGUAAGCUCAGCCGCCGCCUCCAGGCGGACGAGAUGGCCGCAUUGGCGGUCAAGGCCAGCUCGGCUCUCAGCAAGAGCGGCGGCGAGAAAUGCGGAUGCCGCCGGAAUAUUCUGGUGUUUACCGGUGAGAAUGACCUGAGGCAGCCGGUGAAGGAUAGUGGAUCUGGGGGGAGGAGAUCCGGCGGCGGACGGAGAAGGAAGGUCGCGCUCGCGGCGAGGCUCAGUGCGAUACCUGAGUAGGGGUAUUUUAGGAAUACGAAAUGUGUCAUGCUGUAAAUAUAGUGCGUGAUGAUUAGUUGGGGUAACUUUUUUUUGUUUUAUUAUGAGCUAAUUUCUGUGUUGAGAAAAGUAGAGGGCAGUUGAAGCUUCAAAUCGGA